AUGUACAGCUCGACUCUGAAGACCCUGGAGGAUCUAACGUUGGACUCCGGUUAUGGGGCAGGGGACUCCUGCAGGUCCCUCAGCCUCUCCUCUUCCAAGUCCAACUCGCAAGCGUUUGCCUCCGCUCAGCACAGGGGCAACUGGUGGUACUACUCGGGCUCCAUGAACAGUAGGAACAACAGCUGGGACACCGUGAACACUGUGCUGCCGGAAGACCCAGAAGUCGCAGAUAUAUUUUCCAAGUGUCCUAAGCUGCCCGAUCUAGAGGAAUACCCUUGGACUGAUGAGGACAUUGGAAAGAUACUCAGGAAAGGGAAGGGGGAUGGAAACGGCAGGGCCUUCACGCAGGACGCUGUCAGGCGGCUCUCGCAGCUCCUGCGGCGAGCCCUGAUCCGCGUCUCCAGGGAGGCUCAGCGGCUCAGCGUGGUGCACGCCAAGUGCACGCGCUUCGAGGUGCAGAGCGCCAUCAAGCUCAUCCAGAGCUGGGCCCUGUCGGAAAGCUGCGUCCUGGCUACCGUCAAGGCGCUCUCGCUGUACAGCAUGAGCGCUGGAGACGGGCUGCGGAAGGGAAAAUCGGCAAGAUGCGGCCUCACCUUCUCCGUGGGCAGGUUCUUCAGGUGGAUGGUGGACACCAGGAUCUCAGUUAGGAUCCAUGAAUAUGCAGCCAUUUCCUUAACCUCCUGCAUGGAAAACCUCGUAGAAGAGAUUAAAGCCCGGGUUUUGGCAAGUCAGAGCCCUGAUAGCGGAGGAGGGGAGAUCUCAGCAGAAAUCCUGGAGAUGGUUAUCAACAACGAUGCCGAACUCUGGGGAGUGUUGCAACCUUACGAGCAUCUCAUUUGUGGGAAAAACGCUAAUGGUAAGAUCCAGCUUUACAGUAAACUAAGUAAUUUCCGUGUGUCUGGUUUUGUGUUUUUCACCUGA